AUGGCGCAAGCACUUGCCUCCCCAGGGCUGUUCUCUGAUGAUGAUGUUGCAGUCUCCCCUGUUCUUGAAUCCACAGCAACAGGGUUUGUGGCUGAUGUGCGCAAAGACCUGCUGCCGGAGCUCUCUGCCAUCUCUCCAAAUCUAGAGGUCUCCCAGCAGACUGUAGCUGAAGACAAUAAUGGAAAAUUAAAGGUCUAUCUGAGAGUUCGACCUCUGAAAUCUACAGAAGUGGAAAAAGGGGAAGACCAGGGCUGUGUUUGCAUUGAGAAUUCAGAGACACUUCUUCUCAAAGCCCCUAAGGCCUCCUUCACCAUGCGGAGCACAGAACGUGGAGUGGGACAAGCAGUACACAGAUUUUCUUUCACCCAGAUCUUUGGACCAGAUGUGGGGCAGAAAUUGUUCUUUGACGAGACUAUGAAGCAGGUGGUAAAGGAGGUACUGAAUGGGCAGAACUGGCUCGUUUACACCUAUGGCAUCACCAAUUCAGGGAAGACUCACACUAUUCAGGGCAGCAACAAAGAUGGGGGGAUACUGCCUCGCUCCUUAGCAGUCAUCUUCAACAGCGUGGGGGACCGGCUGUACCAAGGCAUGGAUCUGAAGCCUUCCCUCUCCAAUGAGGUGAUCUGGCUGGACAGCAGGCAGGUGCGACAGGAAGAGACCAAGAAGCAGACCAUACUGCGGGAAGAGGAGCUGUUAACGCCACUGAAGAGAAGUCAUAGUGCCGAAUCUCAGCUCCAGGCCGCUACUAGUGGCAGUUUCGACAGUGGAGUUGCAGGCCUCUCUUCAUCUAGCCAACUUGCCAACCAUUCAGACAUCAGCCAGACAGAAGAACUGGGCCCUUGCUGGGCUGACUUGGAUCGUAUUUCACUCACCAACACAGGAGAUGUGCAGUUCUCCAUUUGGGUCUCCUUCUUUGAGAUUUACAAUGAGUUAAUCUAUGACUUGUUAGAACCAGCUUUACCUGGCCAGAACCGCAAGAGGCAGACACUGCGGCUGUGUGAAGACCAGACUGGCAACCCCUAUGUGAAAGAUCUGAACUGGAUCAAUGUCCGGGAUGCUGAUGAGGCCUGGAAGCUCCUGAAACUGGGUCGGAAAAACCAGAGUUUUGCUAGCACUCACAUGAACCAGAACUCCAGUCGCAGUCACAGUAUCUUCUCCAUUCGGAUUCUGCGCUUGCAAAGAGGUGUCCCAAAAAUCAGCGAGUUAUCCCUGUGCGACCUUGCGGGGUCAGAGCGCUGCAAAGACCAGAAAAGUGGGGACCGACUGAAAGAAGCAAACAACAUCAAUACCUCCCUCCACACACUGGGUCGCUGCAUUGCUGCCCUCCGCCAGAAUCAGCAGUCCAAACUGAAGCAGACUGUGGUUCCCUUCCGGGACAGCAAGCUGACCCGUGUGUUCCAGGGUUUCUUCACUGGACGUGGGCGCUCUUGCAUGAUUGUCAACAUUAACCAGUGUGCAUCUACAUAUGAUGAAACUCUGUAUGUAGCCAAGUUCUCAGCCAUUGCCAGCCAGCUUUUACAGGCCCCUCCCACAAAGCUGGGACUUCCAUCCAUACAAUCAAUCAUCAAAGAGCAUAACAGGCGAACCAGCCAGGGUCUAGAGGCAGUGGCAAAGGAAGAAGUGGAAUCAGAAGAAGACAGUGAGGAUGAAACGGAUGUCUCCAUGUAUGAGAAGCAGGACUUGUUGCGUGUAGUGGAAGCUGCACGACAACUGCUGGUGCAAGAGCGGCAGGAGAAGCUGCAACUAGAAAUGCGCCUCCGUGAGGAGAUCUGCAAUGAGAUGCUGGAGCACAUGCAACAGAAGGAGCAAUGGUGCAGCCAACAUGUGGAUGCUCAGAAGGAGCUGCUGGAGGAACUGUACGAGGAUAAACUGAAUAACCUGAAGGAGUCACUAACUGACUAUUACCAGGAGCAGAUCCAGGAGCGUGAUGAGAAGAUUGAGGAGCUCCAAGCGGCUCUGCAGGAGGCAAAACAAAAAGUGGAGAUCCUGGAUACUAAGCAAAAGGACUCAGGGCAAGGCUUGCGUCGAUCAAAACGCCUUGCUGCCUCAUGCGCUCUGCAACAGGAGCUGGUAGAUACUAAAGCCAAACUGCAGCAAUGUCAAGUGGAGUUAAAUAUUGCAACAGCAGAGUUGCGGAAGUACCAGAAAUUACUGGAGCCACCUCCCUCUGCCAAACCCAUUACUGUGGAUGUAGACAGGAAGCUGGAGGAUGGACAGAAGAACGUCAGAUUGCUGCGUUCAGAAUUACAAAAACUUGGGGAGUCUCUUCAGUCUGCAGAGAGGGCAUGCUGCCACAGUACAAGUGCAGGGAAACUUCGAGAAGCCCUCUGUAUGUGUGAUGACAUUCUGGCCAGACAGGACCAAACACUGGCAGAACUGCAGAACAACAUGAUGCUGGUAAAACUAGACCUGCGGAAGAAAGCAGCUUGUAUUGCUGAACAGUACCACACUGUGCAGAAGCUCCAGGCUCCUCCAACCUCUACCUUAAAGAAACGCUUCUGUUCCAACAGGGAAAACCUACAACCUAAUCAACCUCCUGGUAAAAAACCCUUCCUGCACAACCUUCUGUCACGUUCAGCUCCCCGUCCUGUUGCUGGCAGAGGGUGGCAACUUCGUUCAGUUGCUCUAUGACUUUUCAUAAAGAGAACCCUGCCCUGCUAUUCCUGGAACAGGUGGCAAAUCCAAUAUACUAGCAUCUAUUUUUCUUUGUAUGCUUGUUUAUUGUUAUAGUAGCUGCUUGAGCUUAUGUAAACAUUUUUGGAUAUAUAUAUAUAUAUAUAAACUUUUAAUCAAUACCAAAGUGGACAAAGUGACCUUUUCUAAUUCAAACACUACAACAAUGAAAGUCUUCAAAUAUAAAAUAAUGCCGAUCAUCAAAGUUGUUUAACAAAAGGACAAGUUGAAAGUGAGUUCUCAUCUUCAACUUAUGUUGGCACACAAAAAAUAAGUUCACAAGAUCCUCCUUGAAAGGUAUUUUCCUUCCUUGAAUUAUUAUAAUCCUUUAUUAAAGUAUACACGUUCUAGUUCAG